AUGAAUCCUGAGUCGAAUCUUUCAACUCAGUACUCAGAUGAGUCGGUGUCGCAAAAUUCAACUCAUGACUUUCGUCCAGAUGUCGGUUCUGAGUCGACUCGAAUUAUUUUGCCCAUCAUUAUUAUAGGAGAGAAUGGAUUUCGAAGGAUCAUCGAUCUUCGAAAAAGAAACAGACGCUUCAAAACCUUAACCGCCACAGCGGAAUCUUUAUGGGAUGAUAAUGUUGAAAGAUUGGAAAAUAAAAUAUUUUUUAAUCCAACUCUGCGAAAAAUACUUGUUAAUAAUGUUGUAAACUUCGUGCAAAAAUGUGAAUUGAAUGGUAUCGAAAUUUACUCGCAAUAUCUAGCUGAAAAUAAUGCAGUUGCUUUCGAUAAGCAGAAUUUCGUUUUACUAUUGAAGGCGCUCAGAGAAAAAUUCGACAAACGCGGUUUAAUUUUAGCUUUAGCAGUUGAUGCUUACGAAUCGACUGCUGACAAAUAUGAUAUUAAAGAAGUAUCAAAGUAUAUUAGUUUCAUAAACUUGAGGGCUUAUCAUUUUCACGGAGAUUCUGAUGUUAAGCAAAGAGCGAAAGCUGGUCAUAUUGCUCCACUGCAUCCUUCAUCACAAGAAAAUACGGAAGAACAGAAAUUGAACGUUGAUUAUAUUAUGAAACACUGGCUUUCGCAAGGUACUCCGCCAUACAAGUUAAUACUGGGAACUACUUUUAACGGAAUAUCAUAUACUUUAGCUAAUGUAAAUAUAGUUGGUAGGGACGCACCAGUUGUUGUGAAUCCAAAAUAUUAUCUUCCGACAAUAAGCUAUUACUAUACUUGCCUACGUGAAAAGAAUCAUGUAUGGACGCAUUUGUGGGAAAAAGAACAGCGAGUGCCAUAUAUCUCCAAAAUGGAGAAGAUGAUAGCCUACGAAAACGUUGCCUCUAUCAAGUUGAAGGCCCAAUACGCUAAACGCAUGCGGCUUGGCGGUGUAUUCGCAGAUAGUAUAGACGGAGAUGAUUUCAGCGGAUACUGUGGAGUAGAGCCGUUUACACUUCUGAAGGCUAUGAGCCGUGCAUAA